ACUACGAGACAAUAUGGCUGGAGAAAAGACACCUCACUUCGAGACCUUGCAGUUGCAUGCUGGUAAGCUUGGAGAACCGAUUACUGUCAGAGGUUCGCAUCGAAGAGCUGACCGUCUGCUUGUCACCAAACAGNGCCAUGAGCCAGACAGUGCUACACACUCGCGUGCUGUUCCCAUCUAUGCAACUACACCUUGGACUAAACUUCUUUUAGNNUCUUACGUCUUCAAUGAUUCUGCGCAUGGAGCUCGUCUGUUCGGCCUAAAGGAGGCAGGAAACAUAUACAGCAGAAUCAUGAAUCCCACCGUCGACGUCUUUGAGAAGCGCAUCGCAGCACUGGAAAAUGGAGUUGCAGCUGUCGCGGCAUCCUCUGGUCAAUCGGCUCAAUUCAUGGCAAUUGCAGCACUCGCUCACGCCGGUGACAAUAUUAUCUCGACUUCAAAUCUUUAUGGCGGGACUUACAACCAACUCAAGGUCUUCUUGCCGAGACUGGGCAUCAAGACAAAGUUUGUGAAUGGCGAUAAUGCAGAAGAUUUCAAGAAGGUUAUUGACGACAAGACCAAGGCUGUGUACAUUGAGAGCAUUGGAAACCCGCGAUACAACGUACCCGACUUCGAGGCAAUCGUCAAAGUUGCGCAUGAGGCUGGUGUCCCAGUCAUAGUCGAUAACACAUUCGGUGCAGGCGGAUACUUCUGUCGUCCAAUCGAUCAUGGAGUCGAUAUUGUUGUUCACAGCGCGACCAAGUGGAUCGGCGGACACGGUACUACGGUUGGAGGAGUAGUUAUUGAUGCCGGUCGCUUCGAUUGGGGCACCACAGAGGCCAGGAAGCGCUUCCCAGAGAUGAGUGAGCCUUCAGAAGGUUUCCACGGCCUCAAGUUCUGGGACACUUUCGGCAAGCUAGCUUUCAUCGUCCGAGUUCGUGUCGAGAUCCUGCGCGAUGGCGGUAUGGCUCUCAAUCCCUUCGCUGCACAGCAACUAUUGUUGGGCAUCGAGACUCUGAGUCUACGUUGCGAAAGACACGCUCAAAACUCACUCGCAUUGGCUCAAUGGCUUGAGAAGAACGAAAACGUUUCCUGGGUCAGCUAUCCCGGUCUCCCGAGCCACUUUAGUCACGACCUGGCCAAGAAGUACCUACCAAGAGGGUUCGGAGGUGUGCUUUCUUUUGGUGUGAAAGGUGAUGUCGACGCUGGUAGUCAGGUUGUCGAUGGAUUUAAGCUGAUAUCGAAUCUCGCAAAUGUUGGUGAUGCAAAAACACUAGCGAUUCGUGAAUNNCCAUGGAGUACUACUCAUGAGCAGUUGAGUGAUGAGGAAAAGAUCAAUAGUGGAGUUACCAAAGACCUCAUCCGGAUUUCUGUUGGCAUUGAGCACAUUGACGACAUCAUUGCCGACUUCGAGCAGUCGUUCGAGGCCUCAAAGGCUAGCCCCAAGGGUCAGGACCAUCCGGAGAAUGCUGACAAGAAGCCCGAUGCAGACGAGCCUACAAGACUUGAGGUA